AUGAGUGGCGCAAGUGGAGGUAAGCUUGUGCUCGAAAGAGACACAUGGCUCGUGGAGAAUUUUGUGAAUCCUGGCUGUGUUCAAACGAUAAAAGACGCCCAGAUGAAGCACAAGAUUCAGGUGCGAGACUGCGAUGGCCUGGCUUUGCAAGUUGAGCCGAAGGUUAACUCAGUGAUUUUGGAUUCCUGCAAGAAUAUGCGAGUAUGCGUGAGCAAUCUGAUCGCUACUAUUGAAAUUGUGAACUGCCAGAAAGUCAAACUGCAGGUGACUGGCACAGUACCUUCAAUAUCGAUCGACAAGAGUCAAAAGGUCGAUAUUUACGUUUCAGAGAAAAGCAAAAACGUGGAAAUCACCACCAGCAAGUCAUCUGAAAUGAAUCUUAACUACCCACAACCGGGUGACGAGGGAGACUGGGUAGAGGUUGUUGUUCCCGAACAAUUUCACCAUAAACUGGACACUAAUGGCAAGCUCCAUACCAGAGUGUCCGACUUGUACUCCUGUUAG